AUGAUUUUGGGUGUCAUGGUCACAAUUCACGCAAUUGUGGCAGCAGGCAUCCUGUAUAUCUACCCCGAGUUUCUCCCAGAGCCAGGGGAGCCUACGUAUAUCCUCCAUUGGUUUGCUUGCGGUUGGCUUUGGGCGAACACCGUCGCGAACUUCGCCGAGGCGGCCUGCUGCGACCCGGGCUUUGUUCAGACCACUGGCCAGGUAGGUCCUGGCACGCUUGAGGGCUACACCUUCUGCCAGGGGUGCCGGCAAGGCAAACCCCCCGGCAGUCACCACUGCCGCAUAUGCAGAAGAUGUGUCUAUGGCAUGGACCAUCACUGCCCCUUCAUCGGAAACUGCGUGGGUAGGUCGAACCGACGCCCCUUUGUGCUUUUCCUUUUCUGGGCGUCGCUGUCGCUCGGCUAUGUGCUGUCCAUCACUUGCAUGUAUUGCUACGAGCGGUCCACUGAUAUUGUCAUGAAUGUGGGCCGGGCAACACGCCAAAUGCCGCCCAUCAGCCUGAAUGUCCUGCCCCUGUAUGGCCUCCGGGUGCUCAACCACACCUUUGUUGGCAUUCAUAUGCAUGCUGCUGGGUUUCUUCUUCUCUUGGGCAGCGUCACGUUCUUCAUGACCAGCUCCUUGCUGCUGCAGCAAGUUCGGCUUAUUUGCCGAGGGCAGACUACCAUCAGCCAGCUGCAAGGGAACGCAAGAGACCGAGCUUCGCAAGGUUGGAAAGCCAAUUGCGAAGAGGUCUUCGGCAUUGGGCCGUGGGCGUGGUUUUUGCCCCGAAUGCUUAGAGCAAGGGCAAACACGAAGACUGUUUGA